AUAAACGGCCAUUUUAUUUUAAUUAAUAAACCACACAUUUCCGUCUGAAGCAGACAGGAAACGGAGUAUGGCAUCUCCAAUCUCGGGAGAUGAAGCCAAACAAGAUGCUAUUACUGAGAGUAGAAACAAUGCAGACAGCUUAAAUAACAAGAUAAACAAAGAGGAAUACAAUCAGGAACAAACUAUUCGCCAAUCUCUUAAUGUAAAUAUUGAAAAAAACAAUGAAAACGACAAAAAUUCUGUUCAGCAGAGGAACUGUAAUGAAACAAACAAACAUACGCUAAGUCUAGAUGAUAAGGACCUUGUGUUACUGCCGAUCAGUAGUGAAACAGACCAACAAUCUGAUACCUCUGUAACUCACAAUACUAAAGAUAACAUUGCUGGGCAUAGGUCAAUCGAAGAACCAUUGUUUUCAGUCAGUAGUAGGUCAAGCGAUGACCAGUUACUGCCAGAUAGUUCUACAGAACAUAUAGAACAACAGAUUGUAAGCAAUAUAGAUAAAUGCAGUAUAAGUGUUCAGGAGAAAGACGAAAGAUCUAACAGUGAUUCAGAUAUCUGUUUAGAUGAUGAAAUUUCUAAAUUAAAAGUUAAUCUUGUCGACAAAGAGUCCUCCCUUGAAAAGGAAAUACUUGUGAAAGACUUGUCACUUAAAUCAUCACGAAAGGAAACUUCAAAUGAGAGUGAAAUAAAAGUGAUAGACUCUUCAUUUGAAAAUAAAACAUCAGAAAAACAAAUUAAAAAUGAAAGUGAAAUAAAUGUUAAGGACUUCUCACUUGAAAAUGAAACAUUGAAAAAACAAAUUUCAGAUGCAAAAGAAAUAAAAAACUCAUCACUUGAAAAUAAAACAUCUGAAAUAUCAACUUCAACUGAAAAGGAAAUAAUUGUGGAUAAAUCAUCACUUGAAAAUAAAACAUUGGAAAAUCAAAUAUCAAAUAAAAUAUUAGUGAAGAACUCAUCGCAUGAAAAUAAAACAACAGAAAAUGAAACACUUGAGAAUGUGUCUGGUUUUGGUGUCCAAUCCGAGGAGGACAGCGUAGGGUUUGAUUAUUCUGGGAAGGAGGAAGAGACAGAAUUCACAAACAACGAUAUUAUUUCUAAAUCUGUUCCUACAAAACUUGAAUGUGACGACGAAAAUCUGUCAAAAACAGCUCAUUCAGAAAUUGAUCAGGAAAACAAUGGAACUGGACAAAUUUCUGUUGAAACAAAUGUGCAACCUCUAGAAUCUAUUUCCUUGUCUAGCUUGAAAGAUGGCGAGUCAGAUGAAAAACACAAUGAACAAAUUACAGAUUCAGUAACAUGUGAUAAAACAGUUCAAGUUGUUCACGGUUUAUCAAGUAAACAUAAUUCUAAAAACAUUCAAGCUCGACGUUUAAAACUUGAUGCUUUAGUUGCUAACAUUAAAUCCCUUAAAACUGCAGAACUCCAGGAGAAUUCAGAACUCCAUGACAAUUUGCAGGAUGAGGUUGAUUCAAGUUUUGAUAGACCUUUAACAGGAGUAAUACAGAGUUCAAAAGAGUCAGAACAGGACACUUCUGACAACAAAAGUGAUUCUACAAUUCAAGUUAAAAAAGAGAAUGUGGUUGAGAUUGAAUCUGUUCACUCAGGAAAUAGUACUUUGUCAGAAAUAUCUGAAUCGGAAGAAAAUAUUAUUGUUGAUGAAAAUUAUGAAAAAGUAGAAGGAAAAAUUUCAGUUUUGAAAACUAAAAUAAAAGUUGAAGAUUCUAAUUGUUGUGCUAAUGUUGCAGUGUUGGCUGAUUCAAAUUCUUCUAAUGCAGACAAAAACUUAAGUGAUGAAGUUCAAAAUUUAAAAUUUAAACUUGAACAUGUUGAAGUAGAAAACUAUGAUGAAAAACAAUCAAAACGUACAAAAUUUGAUUGUGAUGAAUUAAAUAAAUCAAAAGUAUCAGAAAAUAAAAGUGAUGAAGUUCAAGAUUUAAUUAAAAUUAAAACUAGUGAUAGCGGAAAAAGUUCAGUCUCAACUGAAAAUUCAAUAGAAGAAGUUCAAGAUUCUAAUUCAAAAGCAGUGACUAAAAGUGGUGACACAAAAAUUAAAGUUGAAGAUUUAAACCCAAAGACCACUUCACAUUGUGACAAUGCUUUAUUGCAAUCUGAUAAUUGUAAUAUAAAGUCAGAAAGAGGCUGUGAAGAUGUGGAUGAAGAUAUUGAAAUUGAUGUAGAAAAAUUGGACGAUAUAAGUGAUAACUUAUUGCUAUUACAGAGUGCAGACAAUAAUAAAUUAAAAUCUGAAAAUAUCAACAAAAACAGUGAUUCUGAAGAAGAGAUAACAAAAAACACUCAAAAUGAAUCUGGUGAAAAAUCCAAACCUCAGUUUUUAAAACCUCCAAUUUUUCAUUUUGAUAGUCAAGGCGAUAAGAAAAUAAGUGAUGUUAUUGGGAACAAACAAGCUGUUGUUUUCUUAGGAGAGCGCGUCACAAAAGACAGGAGUAUAGAGGAGACAAAUAAACUGAUAAAACUGGCAGACCUUUCACAAGAUUCAAAUCAAGACGAGGCUAGCAAACUAACCAAACUGGCAAACGUUAAGCCUAAGAAACCAGUCAAAAAAAUUGAAAUGAUUCGUCAACCAGUUCGUAGAAUGAAACGUGUGGCCAGCUUAAACGCAUUAGCUAUGGUCAAUAUUUUAUUUGGGAAAGAGGAAUCUCCAAGAAGUAAGAAAUCUUCUGAUAGCAAAGCUGCCAACAAAAAAGUAAUAUCAAAUAAAAGUUUGUCAAAAGCCAAAAUGCUUUUAGAGGCAAAAGUUAAAAGUAUAUUAAAGAAAGCCAAAUCUGAUGACCAAUUCAGUGAAAAUGUCCGAGUAAAGAAGGAGAAAACUUCACCAGGAAAAAUAACUCAAAUUCAAAAGUCGUUAGCGAAACUGACACUGGAUUCACCUCCGUCAAAGCUGGUGACAAAAGUUGUUUCUCCAAAGAUGUUAGCAAAAGCAUCUCCAGCAAAAUCACCAACAAAAGUAUCCUCACCUUGUAAAUCCCCGUCUAAAGUUUCUUCACCAUCCAAAUCACCAACCAAAAUUUCUCCUCCAAAGUCACCAUCUAAAGUUGCAAAAUCACCAACAAAGGCAAAACCCAAUGCAAGUGCUGAAAAAAACCCAACUAAAAACUUAAAAGAAGCAAAAGCAAGUAAAAAGAAAAUUGCUGAUAAAAAAGAAGUAAAAUGUAACAUUUCUGACAAUGAAAAAACUGUGAAUAAGAAAACUGUGUUGUCUGAGGAAGAUAAAAUUAAAAAGCCUAGAAGAAAGAAGGGAGAGCUGAUGAGAGCAGCAAGAACCCAUUCCUUUCCUGAGGCUAAAAUGAAAACAAACAUUGCAAGCAGUAUUGACACAAACAACAUCAGCAAGGACAAAAAGGAUGAAAAAUGUGUCAACUGUCAAAAAGGUUUGAAUGAAAAGUCAAAAAAUGACUCGCGCAGUAGUUACAAACAAGAUGAUAAAAACAGUAGUACUUAUACAGACAACAAUGUGCAAUAUAACAUGGGACACGUAGAAAGUGGAGGUUACAGUACACAUAGCUAUGGCGUUAUUCAGAAUCUGACAGGAACAUGUGUUCAUUGCUCUCAGAACAUGUAUAGUUCUCAGGGACCGAGUGGUUUUAUGAUGGGGCAACCUGGAGGUUUAGUGAGUCCAUGUCCGACGUUUACGAUCGGCAGUGUUCCCAUGGUGCAGUACCAUCAUCCAUUCAGUGCUGGGUAUCCAAUACAGUAUCAGAGUCAUAACACUCUACCUCAUUGUGGUUGUCCAUCAUGUUACUAUUACACGCCUACAGCCUCCCCGUUACAUCAUGACACGUGUCAUCACAAUGUACCUCCACCAUCUUACACAGCGCUACGUGAUGUCAACGAUCCAGGGCAUACAGGAGGCAGUGUGGAUCCAAAACGUUCGUCAAUACAAAACAUGGGAGAUUCUUCACAUACAGAAGCUGGGAAAUCGUCAACAAAACAUGACGACAUGGAUCCUGAAAUAGACGUUGUUGGAAAUGCAUCAUCAAAUCGUUCUACAUGUAAUAGUUUUAAUACUCUUAAGGGAGGUAAUGAGGAUUUAGACGUUGAAAUUGAUGUUGUGGGUGGUGUGCCACCUUUGACCUUCUCUGAGAAGGAUAUUAUAGUAGAAACAGUGAAAAAGAAGAAAAAGAAAGAAAAGGAAAUAAAAGAAAAAACACCAAAAAGUGAAAAAUCAGGGAAAAAGAAAGAGAAAUUUUCAGCUUCAGAUAAAGAAAAUAAAACAAAAAGUGUAAAGAAAAGAAAAGAUAGUGAGAAUAGUGAAAGUGACAAAAAUGUUAAGAGGAAAUUAGAAUUGAAAGAAAAAGAAGAAGAAAAAUCUGAUAGUUCUGAUGAAUCACCAAAAACAGCAAAAUCUACUAAAAAGAAAAGUAUCAGUGAAUCAUCAGGGGAGAUUACCACUAAACUCUCAAAAAAGAAAUCAAUAAGUGAUUCUACAGAUGUUGCUAAAAAAGGGAAAAAGAAAAGUGUAAGUGAAUCCCUGGAAGUGACAAAAACAAUAAAAAAGAAAAAAAGUACUGAUGAAGAAAAAACAGUGAAAAAGAAAAACUUAAGUAAGUCAUCUGAUGCAAUAAAAAUAGGAAAAAAGAAAACCUUGAGUCAGUUAGCUAUUGAUAUAAAAAAAGCAAAACAAAACAGUUUGAGUGAGUUGUCUAAUUCAAUAAAAACAGGGAAAAAGAAAAUCGUGAGUGAAUCGACUGAUGUAGUUAAAACAGGAAAAAAGAAAACUUUAAGUGAAUCGUCAGAUGUGACAAAAAAAGGAAAAAAGAAAAGCUUGAGUGACUUGUCUGAUACAGUAAAAAAAGGAAAGAAGAAAAGCUUGAGUGAAUCAGGAGAUGAAUCACUCAUUGAAGUGAAAAAUAAAAGUUUGGAAGAGUCACCAUCUGCACUGAAAACAGGAAAACAGAAGAGCUCCAAAGUGUCACAAGAUUGGACAAAAACAGCGAAAAAGAAAAGCUUGAGUGAAUCAGGAGAUGAAUCACUCAUUGAAGUGAAAAAUAAAACUUUGGAAGAGACGCCUUCUGUAGUGAAAACAGGAAAACAGAAGAGCUCAAAAGUUGAGGUAAAAACAGGGAAAAAGAAAAGCUUGAGUGAAUUACCAAAUGAAAAUAGACCUGCAAAGAAGAAGAAAUUAAGUAUAUCUUCAGGUGAAACAGACAGUUCUAAAAAGAAAGGUCCAAAAACACCAACAGUUGACACUGCAAGUGGUAAAGGAGUAAAGAAAAAAACAGUUAGCAAAUCAGAAAAUAAAUCAGAAAAUAAAUCUACUGAUAGUUUACAAAGUAAGCCUAGUAAAUCUUUGGGUAAAGUAGAAAACAAAAAACCUACAAAACGGAAAAGUACUGAUGAUGUGUUUACAAGUGAUUCAAAAUCAGAAGCUAAACAAAGAAAACUGUCCACGACUGAAAAUACAAAAUCAUCAAAAGAUAAAAUACAGCUGUAUAACAGAAGUAAAAGUGUGGAUGCUAAAGUGUUGAAGGAUAAAAAUGAGAUAUCUAAAACUUAUCCAAAAAGACGACGUGUAGCAUCGUUUGAUCGGCAGCUAAGUACUGAAUCUGUAGUCGUUCGGAGGAAGAAAUCAACCACAUCAACCAAGAAUACAUCUCUUAAUGUUGUUCCAAUUGAGAAGAAAAAGCCAGAAGUAAAGAAAUUGAAGAAAAGAAAUCACAACUGGGAAUUUAAAUUUCCUCCUGAGAAACGAAAAAUCAUGGUCUCAGGGUCCAUGGUUGAGAGAGAGUGUUACCCAGCUAUCAUUCAUACUGAUGGAGAUAUCAUUUACAUCCGUGAUGUCGUCAUUCUACGCUCAGGUCCACGUAAAACAGACAUUCCAUACCUAGGAAAGGUCACAGCUUUCUGGGAAGAAAAUGAUGAGAUGAUGAUGGGUUUACUGUGGUACUAUCACCCAGAACAUACAGACUCUGGUCGACUUCCUCACCAUCUACAGAAUGAGAUCUUUGCCUCCAAACAUCGUGACGAGAACAGUGUGGCCUGUAUUGAUGAUAAAGGAUAUGUCCUCACAUAUAAUGAAUACUGCAGGUACAGAGGUGAGAAGUGCCGAGUAGAGAGUAACCUUUCUCCUAGACCAAUGAUGUUUCCUGUCCUAGAUGAUAACCCCCGAUCUCAGAGAAUCCCUGCCCCUGAUGUCGACAGUAAUACAGUGUAUAUGUGUAGACAGGUGUAUGACUUUAAAUUGAAAAGAAUUCUCAAAAAUCCGUCAUAGCAUCAGGGAUUAUUUUGAACUUCAAUUUUCUAUGUACAACAUCUUUAUAUAUAUAUUUGUACUUUGGGUUUAUUUUUAAUCAUGUAAAAUCAGCUGCUCUUGUGUCAAAAAAUUUUGUUGACUUUAAUUUUAUUUCGUUAAAUAUUCAUACCAUUAUUUUCACCUAAGAUGCAUGAUAUGGGUCAAUGAAAUAGAAUUAAAUAUAAAAUAGACAAAACUCUUAAAUUAUGUACUGAAAUGCCCUUAUUAUCUUUUAAUGAAAACUCAAAUUUAGAUAAUUUGUUUUUUGUAAUAUGAGAAAAUUUCUAGAAAAAAAUUCUUUGUUUAAAAACAUACUAGGUUGGUCAUUUGACACUUGAUUUAUAGCAGUUUAAAAAAAAAUGUAAUUUUGACUUCUUUACAACUUGCUACUUUGUACUUUUGAACUUUUUUUGAUUUUUUUAUAAAGUUUAUCAAAAUAAGUCAUAAAUUUUUACAUAUUGUCUAAUUUGUUACAAUAAGUUCAGUGGUAGAUUUAUAAAAAAAUAUCUUUUCUAGGUAUAAUGCAAUUGUAAGGGCUAUAUAAUGCGAUAAUGGUGCGUUUCAUGUAAGGUAAUGCUUUGUUGGAAAAUUUUUGAGUAGUUUCUGUUAUAAGAAGCACUGAUAAUAUAUUGGGAAUAUUUAACACUAUAAAAUUUUAGUGUAUUUAAAGUUGAUCAGGUGCCAUUAUUUUUCAGUUCAUACAUUUUUUAUAUCAUACUCAUUUGUUUUCCAUUUUGUAUGAAAUGUUUUACAUGUUCAAGGAGAUUUCAUUUUGUAUAUGAAACUUUUGGACUUGAUCUUUUGUUGUCUGAUGAUAUUUGUGCAAAUCUUGUUUUUAUCUAGUCCCAUAUAAAGCACAAUUGUUAGUUUUGUUGUAAAUUUUUAUUUCAUGUUCAUGUUACAAAUGCAUUUAUAUAUUGUUAUUAUUAUUUGUUUUAUGAAAUUCUUAAAAACAAAUUGAAUGUCAUGUUGUUACGGGGAAAUUGUUUUAUUGUGAAAGGUUUUAAAUGUGAUGUCUUUUUUGUAGAAAAUCUCUAGAAUUUAUAUUAAGUUUGUAUAUAUUGUUGUGUUUGUACAAAUAAUAAAAAUUGUUGUUAGGAAUAAAUGUUUAAAAUUAAUGUACUUUAUAUUGACAAAUGUCUAAGAUCUGUUUUCAUUUUGGAUGGUAACAAGUUACCUCCCUUUGAUUUUUAAGAGUUGUCUUUCAUGUUUGCAUGUAUGUAUCUUAUGUUAAAGUUCUGUAAGGGAAAUUCUUUGACACAAAUCAUAUUUUAUGUUCUAAUAUAAGAAUAAGGAGAUAUGGUAUAAUUACCAAUGAGACACCUAUCUCCAAAGUUCAAAUGAAGUGAAUGAAAGCAAUUAUAGGCAACCAUAUGGCCUUCAAAACUGUUAUGAGGUUAUGUUACAUUGAAAGAAUCAGGUGUGUCUUAGAUUUUGAGUCUUAACUCGUAUAAACAUUUUAUUGUUUACUUAAAUUUUAUUUCAUUUCAAAACCAAAUAUAUAAAUAAGAUAAAAUUUGAAGAAACUACUGUGUUUCAACAAAUAAGGGGAGAUAAUUUUAUUUUGCAGCAAAUAUUUCUUUACAAUUGGAGUUGCUUUAUGUUAAAAGAUUUUUAUAUGAGAAGCCUGUCAUUUAUUUUGAUAAAAUGUAUUAAGAACCUGAUUACAAGAUAGUUGGUUUGAAUAUUGUUGAAUAAGUCCAAAACAUGGUAUUUAGUAAAGUGCUGCCCUAGAAUCUCUUGUUAUAAAUUUAGGGUUGUGUAAAAAUUUACAUAUUUAUAUUAUUGGGAAAGAAUAUGUGGAGUUAUACAAAAUGUUAAAGGUGAAAAGGUCAUCAUCAAGUUUGUGUGAUUAUUUGUAUAACACUUAUGCCACUGAGUCAGACUGAGAUAAGAUGCAGAAUAUCAGAGGUCAAAAGGUCAAUACAUGUUUGUGUGAUUUUUGGGUAUAUUAUUGGUACCACUGAGGGAGAAUGUGUGUCAUAAUGCUGGAUGUCAGAGGUUAAACGGUCAAUGUCAGAUUUGUGCGAUUUGUUGGUAUAACGUGUAU